AUGGACAUCCAAAUCGUUAUCAAGGAUGAUGUCCUUAGGGGCAUUCUCACGAGCUUACUACUAGCUGUCGUCGGUGGAUUCUUCGUUGUCAUCGUCCAAAGCGCCAGGGAGGGAGUCACCCUUUGGUUGUACAAGCAUUUCCCCAAGAACAGGGGCAAGUUGUACGUCAUGGCAACAUCUCGCGCUGGAUCGUACUUGGAUGUGCUUGGACUGUUCAACCUUCUCGGUGGAUUUCCAAUGUUUGCCGUCUUGCUGCUCAUGACCAUUGGUAUACUGGGCCAGACCUUCUCGGGUCUUGUCGUGAGCACCAAAAAUAUCCCCACAGACUUGUGCACCAGCGCUGGAUGCUUCUCUACAGGAUUCGGGAAGAAUCUACUGGAAGGGUACGACAACGCCACAAUUAUCCCUCCGGAGAAGACCUUGGAUUUCACAUCGAUAAACAACUUUGUGCUGCAAAGCCUCAACAACACCAUCACGUCGGGUUUGCCAUGGAGGGCAAGUAAUCCGAGACCACUUACUGCUGCCAACUUCCCGCCAGAGAUUCAUCAAGUUCCAUUGGAGAGGUUGAGCAGACGAGUGGAAUUUACCGGCUUCUUCGACAUUGUGCUUGUAAUGGGAUUUGGGCUGAGAGUUGAAUACGCGAAUGGCACCUCAUUCUGGUUGACGCCAGGAGUAACAGAGGCAACUCCCUACGAGGAAUUUGACAAUGGAUGGACCAUCACCGACGACAUACCGGGUGGUACGUUAGGCGAUACCAAACUGAGGAAACUCGUCUUGUCAACAAACACCACUGUCGGGAUUACAUUGUUACUUGGCACGGCGUCCGAACAACGCUUCGGCAACAAGCAAUCCUCGAAGGAAUUAAUCGAUCGUAUAGUGGGAGGGAACAAUACCGACAUUCUGAGAACGACUUACAUCGGGGGAUUCGGAUACCAGAGUUGGUUAGCCAUCGUGGAUCUCACCUUCCGGGCACGAAGCAAGGGGCAAGUCAACCGACUCGAGUUGUCCAACAUCGUCCAUGUAAGACAGGAACACCCCGCUGACGCUGACCCCAUUUUCAGCGCGGUUGCCAACUCGAAGGUGUUGGGGAACUAUAGUCGAGAGCUCCAAGCGGCCUAUCGUGAGCAGGGCGCCACCUCAUCCGUGUUUGAGAUGGGUGACUUUCUCAGCUACGUUGCUACUUGCUUCGCCAUGGCGGUCUCUCAAACGCGACCAAUUGGCAUGAUCAAGGGGUACGAACAAGCCGGCAUCAUCACACCCGCCAUCACUAUCAAGCUGGUGUUGGCUAUCCCAUUACUGUUGGUCACUAUCGCCUUCCUCGUUCCGUACGCCAUCGUUACCAUCAAGUUAUACACCAACAGCGACAAUUGGCUCUCGUACAAGCUCCACGUAGAUGCUCGAGAGUAUAUCAUCAACUUGUGCCAUUCGAGGUUCCUCGUCAACAAGGUGCGAGAUGAUGGCGAGGUCUUGAGAAUCAUCCGCGAUAAUCAUGGCGAUGAUGGGCCGAUAUUCGAGGUCGAAAAGUUGGAUAUGUAA